UCCACUCCGCGCGCACACCCAGAAACAUAUUUCCUCUCCACCGUUGCACAAGUAACCAACCAACAUCGGCGUUCGGCGACCUCCAUUGUCGCGUGGAGCUGGACAAGUCAAGCCUGUACCUAAAAGGGUUUUCCUCGUGCGGUACAUCCAACAAGCGCAGGCAUGGAGGAGAGACCAAUGGCCUCUUCCACUUCCUGCAAAGGCUCUGACCACGACGACAAGAGCAAGGAGCACAAGUGCGAGCUGAUCGGCUAUGAGGCGCUGCCGGAGUGGCUCAAGGACAACGAGUACAUCCACGGCUACUACCGGUGCGAGUGGCCGUUGAAGGAGACCAUCCUCAGCAUCUUCUCCAUCCACAACGAGACCCUCAACGUCUGGUCGCAUUUGGUAGGAUUCCUGCUGUUCCUGUGCUUGACGAUCCUCACGGCAAUGGUGAUCCCACGGGACUGCAGCAUUAGCGGUGGCGGGAACACGUUUGACGACGCGCCAUUGACGAGGAGCUACUGGGGAGAUCUGAUGGCGAUGGCCAACAUGACAGGGGCGCUGAAGCAUGAGGCAGCCGCCUGCCUCCUCCUGCCUCCAGCUGCCGCAGAUUUGUCUGGAAACGAGGAGGAGAUCCCGAACAGCUGUCCACCCAACACAUCCUCCUCGCCCUCUCAUCACCAUGUUGCGCUGAUCCAGGACGCGAGCGCGGCGCCACGGGCCGCGGACGCUGCCUCCGCCGAUCCGAUCACGCGGUGGCCGAUGUUCGCGUACCUGUGCGGAGCCAUGGUGUGCCUGCUUACGAGCAGCGCGUGCCACCUGGUGCUGUGCCACUCGGAGAGAAUGGCGUACGUGACGCUCCGGCUGGACUACGCCGGCAUCGCCGCCCUCAUCGUCACCUCCUUCUACCCGGUCGUCUACUACUCCUUCCUCUGCCACCCGGGGCUCCAGCGGCUCUACAUAGGCUUCAUCACCGCCUUCGGCGCCGCGGCGGUCACGGUGUCGCUGGUGCCGGUGUUCCAGGCGCCCGAGUUCCGCCCGCUCCGCGCCGGGCUCUUCUCGUGCAUGGGCGUGUCGGGGCUCAUCCCCGUCGCGCACAAGCUCGUGCUGUACGGCGGCCGGCGGGAGGCCGCCGUGACGGCGUGCUACGAGGCGCUCAUGGGCGCGCUCUACGGGCUCGGCGCCGCCGUCUACGCGGCGCGCGUGCCGGAGCGGUGGUUCCCCGGGCGGUUCGACCUCGUCGGGCACAGCCACCAGCUGUUCCAUCUCUUCGUCAUUGCCGGCGCGUACGCGCACUACCUCGGUGGCGUCGAGUACCUCAAGUGGAGGGACGCCGACAGGUGCUGGUGACCGGCGGCAUGGCAUGGCUACAGUUGUACAGCUACAUCUCCGGCUGAAGGUGCUUCCAUUAAUCCAACUGAAGAAGAUGAUGGGAUCUGGCGUCCAGAAAUUGUGCAUUUUGUAGUGAAAGAGUGCUGAGGUAUACAUAAAUAGGGGAUUGUUUGAUUGCUGAAAUGGAUGUGAGGCGUAAUUUGUAUGAAGAGAUUAAGAGCGGCUAGCCCCGGACAAGGGACAAUCUUGUGUAUAAUUGAUUGGAACCUCUCCUUUAUGGUCUCGAAAGAAAAUGAGUGCAACUAAUGCUGUAACAAACAUAUGUAGAUAAACUUGGAUUCAGUGAUAAUUAUAUUCGUCAACUGUGCCUUGAGGAUCUUACUCAUAUCGCUCAGUUUGAUGAAAAUGUCAGGUUGUUUCA